AUGGCGCUGAAAACCCAGAAUUGCAGCCUAGUGGGGUCUGAAGGUCAGCAGGCCCCGCAGGUAGCCUUCGUGUUUAAGAGGCCGGGACCAAAGGUGAAGCCUGCCAGCAACACCAGAGUUGCAUCCCACACUCAGUCCGGCUUGCAAUCGGAGGGCAGGCACGUCACAAUUCUGGUGGAAAGGAUCCAAGAACCCCUGCCUGCUGGACCUGCAGACAGACUCAGAUUCUCCAGGACGAGGCCCCUGCGGAAAGAUGGUGGGAGGAGAGAAGGUGAACUUGGUCCCGGGACUGCAUCAGGAAAAUUCAGUCUCCCGGGUUCUUGCCCGAGACCUGCCCGCCGGACCCUCUGGAUCACCAUGACAACCAGAAAACGCCUCCUCCCCAUCAGCAGGCCCUGGAACGGACCCCCGCACCCACGGAAACUAGCAUCCCAACUGACCACACUUGGUAGAGGGUGCAACAUAAGAUCGUCUUGCUUCUGUGUCCAGACUAUGGCUCCCCGGGCUCGUUCGGAACACUGGAAGAAGGGCCUCUGUCUCUCCCUGCCACGCAGCAGACAGACUCUCAGGAAGACAUCCUGUAUGUGGCCCAUUCUCCGCAGUCAGGACAUCUUGAGCCGUGCGUUGCUCUCUGCUGUACCUUCCAGCCCUGGGGCCUCUGACAUUUACUUUCCUAGUGUGUCCAACGCUCCGAUUUCUUUGAGGAGGGCCCAGCUGUGCUCCAAAGUGCGCUGCAGAAGAAACUACGCUGAAUUCUCUAUGAAGGAGGCAUUUUUCUUCCCCCCGUUCUACAAGAUGGAGAAACCGUGGAUCAGAGGAGUUAAGCAAAUCACCGAGGCCACACAGCUGGUGGGACCCCAGCAUUGGUAUGUUUUAAAGGUGCCCCCAAUGAUGAUGACGCCAAUGAUGCUGGUAGGAGCAAUCAAGCUACCAUGACAGAUUCUUUUCCCAUAGGAGUCAUCACAGAGUAUGGAGUAGAUUUCCCUGCGCAUAAUUUGAAAAGGCCCUCUGUGGACACAUCGUGGAGAGUUGUAACAAGGUUUUAUGAAGGGAUAGAGAAAGAAGGCCUGCUUGUCUUCGUCAGCUCUUCAGUAAGUAAUAUUAUGCCAGCCAUAGUCGCCAGAUGGAAGAAAAUUAUCCCCAGCCCUCCGGGUUCAUCUACCAUAAUUGAGAAAAUGCACGUGAGAGCACGUGCCUGGUGCUGGCACAGAGUCCACACUCUGGGUUUACUCAGCCACUUCUUCACUCAGUUGGGGAUGGGAGUGAAAGCCAUCUCACCUCCUUACACUGAGCCACAGAUGGAGUCCCUUCUGGUAGUUACACCUGUGCCCUGUCCCCCCACCCCCGCCCCAUUCUGACCCAUGUCCAUCUCCAUAUCACUGCAGGCUCUGCUUGCUCCUCAUACCCACUGGAUGGACUUAGAGACACAGCACUCUCUCAUCCAUCAUCCCCGAAUCAAACAUUACCUUUUAGGCUUCAAUAGGCACGCUGUCCUGAGAAACUCAGAGAAAGGGGCUUUUUAAGAAAUGUGCCUGCCCCACUGUCCGCAUAAACCUUGACCUGAGUCUCAGACUCUUCUGGCCGAACGGCGGGCAGGGCCUGAGAUCUGACUCUUUUGGUCUUCCCAUAAAAAGGGUAAUAAAAUGAAUGUUUGGUGAGAAAAAUGCUUUUAUGGAAACUUGUGUAAUUCAAACUUUUUGGUGGUGGUUUAAUGUCAGAUUUUACAACAGGGUAGUUAAAUAGUUGGCUGGAUUUUUUAAAGGUCUGGGGAAUUUUAAAGCAGAGAGUAUAGUCUUUG